AUGGAUUUUUGGAUUAUAGCUGCAGCAACAGCAGCCACUGGGAGGGAAGGUGUUGCAGAUAAAUCAGGUGAUGAUGGCGAUGAGCUGACAAAGUCUUCUGGGGAACUGGUUUCUGAUUUUGUUGUAGCAGAAAAAGCUGGGUUUCUUUUUCAUCAAAGACUAGAGAAAAGCAGAUGUCUUGGAGUUAAAUCAAAAGGGCAUUCUCUAAAAGCACUUAAUUAUACGGAAAGCUGCUUAUUGGCUCAGGUGGUGUUGUAUGGGGAAAAUGCCAGAGUGGAAGAGGAUGUGUAUAGCCCAUCUUGUGCAUCACCUUGUAUUUUGGCAUUGGGGCCAUUUUUGGUUAACAAUGGCAGCCAAGUCAAUGACGUGUGGUUAGAGAGCGAGGAAAAGGCGGCGUGGCGGCAGGGAAGGAGGAGGAGGAGAUGUAGCGGCUCAACUAAACCGGUGGCUGGCAGCCCGUUUGAUUCACAAGGUUCAAAAAAUGGACUGCUGCUUUUCUUUGUUGGAAUCACUAUUGGAGCAAUAUAUACUAUAAGUGCACGUAAAAGAGAAGUUGACAAGUUGAAUGAGUUGUUGAAGCAGACUCAGAAGUUGGUCCAAAGUUUACAUGAGGAGGAGGAGCGUUUUAAAAUCCAGGGAACUGAGAAGCAGAUCAUUACCUCCUUCGACGUACGAGAAUCUGAGAGAUCGAACAUACGUGUUGCGAAAAGGCUCGAUGAUCAGAUGGAGGACGGUGUCGAAGCAAUGAGAAAAAUCGAGGCAGAACUCCUAGCUGAACUAGAGAUUUUGGAAGAGAGCACUCAGGAGGAAAUUAACAAAGGUGUGUCGCCUCAGGAGCUGAGUUUGCGCCUGUAUGAAGUGGUCGAGUCGAGGCUCGAAGCACGAAUCAUGGAACUCGAGGCAGCAAUUGAAGCCAGUGAAAAGAAGGUGCGUUUAAUGGAUUUGGUAUAUGUACGCAAUGAGGUUGAUUGAAUAGAAAGAUGAAGAGUGCUGCAUAUGCGGUUGGAGACCUGUUAUUGGUACUCCACAAAAAUCGUCAUACAAAGUGCUGUAUGAUUAUUUUUGGAGUGUUGGUAACGGUUCUUUGAGAUUUUAAGUUAACGAGAAUUAGAAAAAGAUGCAAUGCAUGUAUAUUAGUCUAGGAAUUUCACUAAUUAUUUCGUCGUUGAAGCUCUUUAAGCGUGAUAGAACACUCAGUUUCACCACUAGAA